UUGUCGCGUUUAAAAUUAAAAUCUGAAUUUUGGUUGUUCCUAAACACAAAGGGAAAGCUGGACGAGCAUGGAAAACUGGUGUCGGCGCUCAAAGAGGUUGAUAUUGUGAUAUCAGCAUUGGCAGUCCCCCAACAUCUUGACCAACUCAACAUAAUCACAUCAAAGAGGCCGGCAAGGUUUGUCCCGUCAGAAUUCGGGAAUGAAGUGGACCGGGUGAGUGGGGCCCUCCCACCUUUCCAGAAGCUUCUCGACGAUAAGAAAAAGAUCAGGAGGGCUACUGAGGAGGCUGGGAUACCUUUUACCUUGUCUCUCCCAACACAUUUGCAGCUUAUUUUGUUGAUAUUGUGCUGCAUCCAAAUCAACUCUCCCAUGAACUCACUAUUUAUGGAGAUGGCAAAAACCAAAGCUGUAUGGAACUAUGAAGAAGACAUUGCGGUUUCCUCCUUUGAACUAGCAGUAGAUGACUUGGAAGCCUCGAAGCUGUACCCAGAGCACAAGUACACUUCAAUCGACAACCUUCUUAACCGUUGUCUUGUCGAUCCGCCCAAAACCAAACUUGCAUCAUUUGCUUAG